CCUUUCCUCUUUGAUACUCACACAUCCAUCCCUUUCCCGCCUGAUUAACCCCUAUUACCACUCUAGCUCAAUUCAUCUCCGCAACGCUGAUCUUUGUCUCCGCUAGCAGUUCUGGAAGCCAAGAACUUCUCUGAAAAAGGCCGCCAAUAUGUCUGACUCCAAGACCUGCACAAUCAGGACACGCAAGUUCCUCACCAAUCGCCUUCUCCAGCGCAAGCAAUUUGUCAUCGAUGUCUUGCAUCCGGGUCGUGCGAACGUGCCCAAGGCCGAAUUGACGGAGAAGCUCACAAAAAUGUACAAGGUGUCGGAUCCGUCGACAAUAUUCCUUUUCGGAUUCUCUACUCAGUUUGGUGGUGGAAAGAGCACUGGGUUUGGUGUCAUCUACGACAACCUUACCUCAGCCAAGAAGUUUGAACCAACAUACAGACUGCGUCGUGCGGGCAUGGCUGACAUGCCGACCGGCUCUCGCAAGCAACGAAGGGAGCGAAAGAAUAGAUCUCUCAAAUUGCGCGGUCUCGCCAAGGCUAAAUCACUCGGACAUAAGUAGAUUGAGGACACGCAGAUCUUCCUACAUUAUGCCGAUUGUCUCACGCAUUGUUUGCUUUAGCGGCUUCCAUGUAAAGGAUCGUGUUCUAUGACCUACUCAGAAA